AUGGAUUUCGUGACUGCUAUUUCGACGGGCGCUACCGUAAAGUAUACGACAGAGGAGUACGCUUUCAAAUUUAUGGAGACAGUGGCACACAAUCCACAUAACUGGUUGGGCCAACUGUCGCAUCACUUUGUUGGCCAAUGUUUUCGAGUGGUGGGUCUCAAAUUUACAGUGAGCGUUGAGGCGUUUGAACAUAGCUAUGAUUAUCCGUAUCGUGAUGAUAAUUUGACCUAUGUGUUUAAUGCCGUGCCAUUUGUGUUGCAAGGCGUUGAAUCGUUUCUGAAACAACUGCCGACACUGUUGGCAUAUUAUGGAAGCGAAGUAUUAAAGGAUAUGCCAACCACACGCCUAGGCAAGCAAUUUUACGAGCUGACGCAACCUGUUCCCUGUUACUUGCAUGUUGUGAAUGCCUGGGCACACGUGGUACGCAGCAUCACCGAUAACUGGCAGCGGGAGGACAAUGGAAUUGAAAAGUUCCUGACUGAGCCGCUGGCUAGACUGUCAUUCAGCAUACUGGCUGGACUGGUCAAACUUCUGCCCAACUCGGGCGAUCAUAUGCUCAAAGAAGUUUGUCUCAACCUCGCCGUUUUGGCACGUUAUGGCAUAUUCUAUGAGGAGACCUUUGACUAUAUGCUGACACCCAUGCUGGACAUGUUUGAGGAACACUUUCAGCUCUUCUGUGAAAAAUCAGCUCUUAAAUUUGUCUACACCUCCUUUAUAUGCGAGAUGUCAAACAGUGCCGGUUAUAUUAAGCUAUACAAAUUUCUAGAGAAGAUGCUGGAUAAAUUUGGCGAUGGACAGCAGCGUGAUUCAAAUGGGAAUCUGUAUUUACGACUGUUUACCAAUGAAUUAAUCACUGACAACUAUCUGGCCAUACAGUUUGAAACUCUGAAGCGAUCGAGCACCAAUCCCUUGCUGCUGGCAACACUCCAGUAUCUGCAAUCGCUGCAACGCCAUCUGGUCAGCACGGAGGUCUUUCCAACUCGCUUUCUCGAGCAAAUCCUGCUCGUGUUGCUCAACGGUUCGUCCUCGACAAUUGUGUGCUCCUUGGCGGCACAACUCUAUGUAACGUUGGCACGACGCCAAUACGACGAGCAGGAGAUAGUGGUGCAUAUUAUAGAAACAUUCCUGAAGACGCAGCACAAUUCACGCAGAUGUGCCUCGUAUGAGCAGGCUAUAUCAUUGCUAGAAUACUAUCUGUUGGAAUUAAUGGCACAUUUUCCGGCACUGAAGAACUAUGACUAUUAUAUGUACGUGCUCAAUGCGAGCCACGUACGUGACGAGCUCGUCUUAUUCACUGCCCACAGUAUGUAUGCACUCUUUGGAAUCUACACAAAGCAGUAUUCUGGAGAGGAGGUGGCCCGCCAGGAGAUUCACAAGCUGCUAAACCAUUGGCCUCGUCUCAUUGAACGCACCGCCCAGAGAUUGUCGGCCCGGGCUGUACUCUACGGCAUUUACUUCGACAUCGACUUUCAGGCCUUGGUGCACCAUAAUGGCGAGCUAUUGUGUCAACUGGAGACAUUCUGUUUGAGCAUAUUUCUGACCGAUCAGACGUUGACUGAAUCCGAGUUUUCAUCACUUUUUAGCAGUAUUUGCAAGUCCAUUAAGGCGACUGGGAAUGAGAAUCUACUCGUAAUUACCGCCCAGAACUUGCAAGAUGAAUACACCGAGAUAUCCAUGCAGUUAUUGACUCACGAACAGGAGCAAUCCCAGUCAACUUCAGGAGACGUAUUCCAGUCCUAUGCUCACUGUGUGCGACGACUCUUUGCGCUGCUGAAGGAAAACAAGAUGCGUGGCCAUCAGGUGUGCAACAUGUACGAAACUUUAGCUGUCCAGUUAUUGGAGCCUGGAAAUAUCACCCAGUUCCUAGCUCUUUAUGGCUACGAGAGCUUGGCCUUAAUGUUAAUACUGAUUCAACGCGAGCGAGAUCAGCUGGAGGAGGCUGAGAUCCACGAGGCAAGGAUUCUUCAAUUGGCUCAAAAACUACGUGAUGUUUGCGUUUCCGGUUUGCGCAGCAUAUCCGACAACUUGCCGCAGGUCAAGUCAAUGUUUUGUGCCAUUCUGGUGCUUGAGUUGGGACUGCAUCAUUGCCUGCCAUUGAAUGCGAUUACAUACGAUGUCUUGCUAAAUCAACUCUCGAAUCCAGCUCUGGCAGAUAAGGCACGGACCAAUACACUUUUCUGCAGCUAUGUGCAGGAGAUGCACCUGCUCUUCCGCCAGCUCCACAGCAGAGUUCGGAUGGCAUUGCCCAGCAACCGUAUAUGGAAACCCCUGCUGCAGUUUAAAACGCUUACAAAGCUUCCAGAUUAUAUAAGUCCAGAGUUGGGUAAACUGAUUCCAGUGUUAAUCAAGUGUCACAUUGAGACCUAUGCCCAUUGUCUGCCCGUCAUCCAUCUGCACAUAUGCAAUGAAUCCAUGUCUAAGAAACGAGUUGAGAUUGCACAGGCCGCUCAUCUGCAGCUGAUCGAGGAGCAUGCUAGUGCCAAGGAGGCCUGGCUUCUAAAAUUGCAUGUCUUUAACGUCAGCCUUGAGUUGUUGGUCAAGAAUCUGGCGGUACGUCCGAUGGAAACAAGUGCUUCACGUCAACGCAAUCAUCUUUUGCCACUACAGCAUCUGAUGCAGCUGUUGUCCACAUUGCGUCUGGAGAAAUCCCAUUUCAACAAUAUCGCCCGCUUGCUCUACAGCUUAAAGGCAACCGCUAUCGGUGACCAGGAUAAACAGGAACUGGACAAGUUUUUGACACAGAUCAGCACUCAUAAAUAUCGCUGCGAGGACGAACAUGUCAAGGAAUUGACUGCUGACGAGCUGAGCUCCUCCGAAUUAAAGGCUCAACCACCGGGUCCCUUGACCUUGUGGCAAGCUGAAGCGUUCAGCAAAAUAACUGACGACUUUUCUGGUCCUUCCGAUAUUCCUAUAUAUUCCGAUAUUAUGUAAAUCAAUUAUUUAUAUACUAGCUGGAGUUGUCGGGCCUUUGUCCUUAUUUUAUUCUCGUUAAUUUUCACAUAAUGAUAUGAAUGAAAUGUUUUGUAAAACGGUUUUGUUACCAUAUUUUUGUUCAUUUUCAAAAUUAAAAUUAUGCAAAUAACUUCGAAAA